AUGGUAAUAAAAAAAAGAAAUUCGGAACAUCCUGUGACACAAAGAGGAGAAAUCAUAGGAAGUGUUGGCGAUAGAAGGUGUUUUCUUUCAAAUUCAACAUGCAUAAAGUUUAUAUAUUUAGAGAUGUGGCCGCUCACUCACUUAGAGUCCAGCGACUACACCAUGAGCUCAAUAUGAACCCCUACCUGAGACAGUUGGAGCGGCUUCUUUCCCAGCCUAUUAGGUAUUCGUUCUCAUUUAAUUUUUUUAAUCGACAUUUUUUUGAAGGAUUCCUGGAGCACCAUUCAAUCCGUUGAUGGGCACUCGUAUGAGGCAGAGCAUUUUUUCGGUCAGAAAUAUUUGGAAUUCCGAAGAAGAAAGAAGAGGAGAGGUAGCCGUUUUUUGAAUAUUUUUUUCAACAAUAUUUUUUUCUAGAAAUCUCGAUUUUUCAAUACGAAAACGAUUCAAGACAGAGGGUGGCUGCAAGAUGUGAUUCUGGAGGAAAGCGAGUCAGAAGAUGAAAGUUUUUCUUGAUUUUUUGUUUUUUUGCGAGAAACCUUGAAUUGAGGUGCAUCGGGAAUAUCUCAAAACGACCUUCAUCACAUUCUGCGGAUCCACAAGCUGCGGAGAAAAAUACAAAAACGAAUCCCAUCGGAUAAAUCCUGCCGUAUUUUCAGUUUCUAUGGAGCUGGGCUCUUGAGUGCUCACGAUCAUUAUCCGGAAAACUUCCCCUCCGUCCCAAAACCCUCGGAAACCGACUCUACUAGCGUUCCCGAAGAAUCUGAGCCUUCGGAGUCUGCCCAAAAAUCUCCACAUUUGACCGUCGUCGUGCCUGAUUCUAUCGACGGCGCUUCCGAAACUACUCAUGUCAUACCUAUUCCUCCUUUGUCGCAAUAAUCUUUCAUUACAACUUUAUCACAAAAUACGAGGUUCUUUCAAUCAUUUUAACAAUAAAUUUUUUUAAAAUAACUUUUUUCAUCAGUAUACGCGUUCGAACGCUUGGAAUAUCUAUUGAAGAAAAGGAUUUUUUGAUUUAAAAAAUCAUAUUAAAAUUUUCAGAUGGAUAGCAAUGAGCUACUCGAACAGUUACUGGAUCCUAAAUCUCCCUUGAAUAUUGAAAGUCUUUUAGUGAGUAAAUCUUAUUUUCAAAAAGUAACGGAAUCGUUUGUUAAGGAUACAAUAACGGCCCUGGUGAACGACUGCAAAAUACCAGUGCUUCUUCGUAUGAAAAGUAUCGACAGCUUCAUCAAUCGAUGUUAGUUUUUUUUUCCUUGGUUAAAUAUUCUAUUUUUUGUGCUCAGCAAGCUUUGUAUUCAAUUAGUAAGUUUUUUUGGUGCACCUCAAAGGCAAAAAAAUAUUUUAAAAAAACUCUAUUAUCCGUGAAAGAAAAAAAUAUUAGAGACUAUAGUCGUUAAGUUAUUUCUUAGUGAAGUUAAUAUGCACAGGACCAUGUUCUUGAACUUUGGUGAUGUAAGGUUCUACAGAGAACUCACAGGCUUUUGGAGUUUUUCUUCUUUUUUUUUCCCGUACUAAUGGAGUUCUUUUCAUUUCAAUGUAUCGUCUUCCUAUUAUUUGAUAAGUUUCCCGUGAUGCAUCCUAUUUUCCAUCUAACAAGGAAAGUCGUUCCACUUUUUGGUUGGGCAUUUCCUGAAACUUUACUGAAACACUCCUUGAUGUACCGGAAGAAGAUUCUGAAGGUCUCAACCUGCAAAAAUUCCUAGUUUUUGAAAAAUAAAAUUUCGAAGUCUAAGAAAACUCUCGAAAUCCGUUAAAAUAAGCCUAUUUGGGGGCUUUGAGCUCUCAUUUAUCAAAAACUAGGGAUUUGUGCAAGCUGAACACUUUCAGGAUAUUUUUCUGGUACAUCAAAUAGUGUUUCUGCCAAUUUUCAGGAAAUUCCCAACCGCAAAGUAAAAUGAACUUCCUUGUAAAGUAAUUUACGUUGUUUGAUAGCUCACUUUACGUCACUAAGCUAUAUGUCAUGAUUGGCCUUCAAAUUUAAUAGCUGUCGUGAUUGUGGAGUGAUGUGUUCAGAUGAGAAAGUGGUUGAACGACUGUCGAGUCUGCGGCUGAAAGGCAGCGACUUCAGGCAACUGAAGGUGAUCGGCCGCGGCGCGUUCGGCGAGGUUCAGCUCGUCCGACACGUGCGCAACAACACCGUCUACGCGAUGAAAGUCCUCAACAAGGACGACAUGGUGUGAAUUUUGUGUCGUCCUCCAUAUAUGUCUACUGAACCUCGAUAAGAUAGUGUGAAGAGGCAAUUUUGUUUCCUUUUGAGUCGUGAUGUUCUGUUCCAUUUUCAUUUUUUGGUUCAGUAGCUUCUUUCUGAGUGUUCGGGAAGUAUAGAAGGUCCCAACUGGGAGAGAUAAAUAGUUUGACAUUGGAUGCAUCCGAUACUACAAAAAUCGGGUGGUUUUUGAGUUGAAAACCAGCGAAAUUUUGACGACUUUCCGAUUUUUUCAUGUCGCUAGCGAUGUUUUCGACUUUUUUUUUUCUAGAUAAAAUAAGCCGUUGAUGAAUGAUUAAAACACUAAAAAAAAUAAGAAAAGGUUAAUAGAUCUUUUAAAAACUGAAAAAAUAAAGGAAAAAAGUCGGAAACGUCGCCGUCAGGAAGUUCCCCUAGCGAUAUGAAAAAAUCGGAUAAAUUCGCCGUUCGAAAAUUAGCUGGUUUUUUUUUUCAUACCAUCAAAAAUAGGUUGGUCAAAAUCAGAAGAAUCUUGACUUGUAUGAGAAGGAAGACAUUCAACUUUUUUUUUAGAAGUAUAUCUUGAUGUGAGGUUUAUUGUGUUGAAAAGCUCUUCCCAAAAUUAUAUUUCCGAAGCCUUGUAGGGGUUUCUCCCAGAAAAUUGAGGAAAUCAAAAAAUUGUUCAAGCUGUGUAAAACAAACAGAGUUUAGGUCAUAUUAUAAUUAGGAAACUCUGAAAUGCAAUGAAAAAAGAAAAGAAACCUUCAGAUAAAACGAGCAGACUCGGCUUUCUUCUGGGAAGAACGAGACAUAAUGGCGCACGCCAACUCGGAGUGGAUAGUCAGGCUGCAAUACGCCUUCCAGGCAAGUUGACGCUGAAUAUCGAAAGGAAUCGAGGGUUACCAGGACUGCCGAUAUCUCUACAUGGUGAUGGAAUACAUGCCGGGCGGUGAUCUCGUUAAUUUGAUGACUCAAUACGAUGUCUCAGAGAAGUGGACCCGGUUUUACACGGCCGAACUGGUCGAAGCAUUGGCUGCCCUACAUGAGAUGGGCUACAUCCACAGGUCUGAAAUUUUCGGUCGCUUCCGACCUGAACUUGUCCUUUCAGAGAUGUCAAACCAGAUAACAUGCUCAUUUCUCGAAGUGGACAUAUCAAACUGGCUGAUUUUGGAACCUGCGUCCGAAUGAACAAUAAUGGCGUCGUUCGGUGUUCUACAGGUACAUAUUCCCUUCCAGGUUGGCUGAUAAGCUGUUGAUUUGAAGCCGUCGGCACUCCGGACUACAUCUCACCUGAAGUGCUGCGAAAUCAAGGACAAGACGCCGAGUUUGGAAAGGAAGUCGAUUGGUGGUACGUCUUGAAAAAACUCGGUUCAGAAAAGGAGUACUGAUAACGAAAUUAGAAGAAUAUAGUCAUAAAUGCGGAAUUUGGUAUGAUCAGAUCCGAAAAAGGAACGGCGUAACUCAUGGAGAAAAAAAAAGUUGAGAAGAAAGAGAUCAAAAUUUCAACCUGGCGUUGUUUUUUCAUACUCGGGUUUCCAUGUGCAAGAGCUUUUCAACGAAAAGCUGCUGUAAGUAACUACUUUGCUAGUUGCAAACCAGUUGCAAGUUACUUCGAAGUUCCAUAAAUUUGCAACUCGGAAAAAAAGUCGAACGAGUCGGUUUCAAGCCCCUCGCAACUAGUUUGCAGCUCAAUUGCUGGCUUGCUACUGCAAGACCAUGGUUUAGUAAAAAUAGCAACCUAGCUGCAAAUGACCCUCUGCCGGGUUGCAACACAGCCUAUUUUUAGUUGCAAACUGCAAAAUUCCUGCAGUUUGUAUGCAUACUAGUCUGUACCGAAUUACAAAGCUCUUGCAACUGGCUACCUGAGUUUAUCAUGUUCCUUGUUCUUCGCCUUACAUCCUCAGAUAAGUUCCUGAAAAAGCGAAAAAAGAACAAAGAAGUUUUGAAGACGAAUAGUAUUUUUUGGGAGAUUUCAGGUCUGUGGGUGUUUUCAUCUACGAGAUGCUCAUCGGAGAGACGCCCUUCUAUGCGGAAGCUCUAGUUUCCACGUACACCAAUAUCAUGAACCACAAAACGAGCCUCAAGUUCCCCGACGACGCUCAGAUUUCCGACAACGCCAAAGACUUGAUAAAGAGGUUCCUCUCGUCGGUAGAAGAGCGGCUGGGAAGGAACAGCGUUGCCGAAAUCAAGCGUCAUCCAUUCUUCGUUAACAAAGAAUGGAAUUUCGAAACCUUGAGACAAGGUUUGUCUUUUUUUAAUGAGCACAUGGCUCCAAGGGGCGUUACAAAUCUAGGCGAUUUUCUCAGUUUCUGAAAAAUGAAACGUUCGCAUUUUUGACGAUAAAAAGCAUUCCUACACAUUUUAGACAAGUUCCUAACCAAGAAAAAGCAGAUUCGAAUUGAAGAAAAAUUUUGAGACGGAAAGCGCUUUUCGAAGCAAGGGAGAGUUCUCAGAAAUGUGAGUUCGGCAUGCUGAAAAAUUCGAUCACUUUUUUAUGACGCCUAUUUUUUCAAGUUUUCAAAUUUUGAAAAAUUUUUUGGGCUCUAUAAAGGUUUUAACGGUUUUGAAGCACCUAUUUCUUCAUUAUAUAACAGUUUCGAAGUCAGGUCUUCGAAAAUUCUGGCCAUGGCCGAAAAAAUUUUUUUUUUUCUGUAUAUUUCCCCCAAAAAAUGCUCUUAAAUCUUAAUUAACAAUUCGCACUCAAAAUAUUUCGAUUGCAGGUCAAUUUUAAAAGGUUGACACGAAACUAAUUGAAAAAACCCAAAAUCUCCUAUUUUUGAGCCGCCAGUAUUUCGUUUUUUUCGAAACCUAAAGCCGUACCAAAAAUCGAGAAUUAUACGCAUUUUGAACGCUUUAACAAUUUAGAAUAGAACGGAAAAAAAUUUAAAAUUUUCAAGAAUAGCCACUUUGAAAAUGUGACCGAACCGACCGAAUUUUUCCAUCCAUCAUGCCGAGUUAGACUUAACAGAAAUUUUUAAUUUUUCUAUACCAUUUUUUUCUUUCAGCCACGCCACCUGUGAUCCCGGAACUCAAAAGCGAUGACGACACAACGCAUUUUGAGGCUCAUAAUUGUCGUGAAUUUCUUAUAAUCAAAGAUUCUUUCAGGAAAUCGAGACGAAAGACCGAGACGCUCAGGAAAGCUUUCAACUGCCGAAAACUUUCAACGGAAACCAGCUGCCUUUCAUAGGAUUUACUUAUUCCAACGAGUUUUCUCCCAUUUCUGGCAUGAAAUCGAACAAAACAGCUACAAAAUCAAUCGCUGAACCUUCACCUGCAGCAGAGGUAUGUUGUUAUAGAAUCCCAAAAUGCUCUCUCAAUUUUUUUCUAAAGUAGGGUUGUCAAUAUUUUUUUUUUUUCCGUUGAGAAACGAUUUUAUUCAAAAAGUAUGAUGUGAAACUUCAAAUUGCAGAACUCAGUGAGCCAGGGAGGAGGGGUUUAAAAGAUUUUUACAAGAUUUCCAAAAAUUAGGAAUAUAAUAAAGUUUCAAUCUCAAUGAGGUAGUUUCGGCCACAAAAAUACGAGUUUUAGCCUUAAGAAGGCAGUAUUAAACUUUAAUUUAGGUGAACUUGGAAGGAGGGUCUCUAAAAAUGGUCAGCCCAUGUGUGAUUCAAGCGAAAAUCGAAUAUUGAGAAAUAGUUUCUUUUUUUCAGAAACUGCUCGACGAGUUGAAAUCUCAGUUGAACGCGAAAAAAAUAGAGGUUGAGAAACUGAAGGAAGGUCAGUUCAAGGCUGACGAAGCGUUGAAAAGCCUAGAGAGCGACAAGAUGCAGUAAUAACUCACCAGAAAAUUGGUUUUGAACUCGGAAAAUUCAGUUGUAUGACGAGGAUCGCGGAAUGCGAGAGAGACUUGAAAGAGGCCAAGGAAAAGCUGAGAGUGGGCAACGAAGCCGACGAAAGGGUCAACAUUAUCACGCUGGACCUCCGUUUGGCACGGGAACGCAAUUCUGAAUUGGAGAAUGACAUCGUCAAGGUCUCCUUUUUUGUUGCAGCAUUUCAAAAUUUUUGUUUUCUAAAGAUCCGUCAGAAGUGCGAGGAACUGAAGGAAGAACUCCGGAAAAAGUUGUCGGAGUUGGCUCAAGAAAAAGACGAAGCUCGUCGUUUCGCCGCCCACAAACGGGUACGUGGUUUUUUUUUUGUGAGCACCAUUUUUGGCAACAAAAAUAGUCAUAUUGUGGUCUACUUGCUUUCUUUUUCGGUUGAAAUGUCCUUAAUUUACUCAAAAAAUUGUUGGUUUGAAAUAAAAACCAGCGAAAUUUCGACGACUUUUCCGUUUUUUUUCGUAUCGCUAGAGAACUUUCCGAUUUUUUUUUCUCGAUAUUCUCUUCGUUUCGAAUUUUCCUAUUGUAAUAGGUAGUUGAUUCAUGACACGAAGUGAAAGGAAAAAAAUUUUAUUAGAUUUUUUUAUAAACCCAAAAAAACUUAAGAGAAAAAUAGUCGGAAAGUUCCCUAGCGAUUUGAAAAAAAUCAGUCGCCGUUCGUAAAUUUGCUAGCUUUUUCAUACCAUCAUAAAAUUAUAAGCACUUACCGAAACUUAAAAAAGCGAUAUUUCAGAAAAUUCCUUCCCUCUUGCAUUAAUUAAAAAAAGCAUCGAACUUUUUUUUAGUAGAAUUUUUCAUAUUUUUUUUCUCCUUCUGUGUUGAUUGUAUUCCACCAGUUGUUUAUCUUACUAUUUUCAAUUUUCAAAAAUCGAGACUUUCUAAGAAAUUGACUUAUGACGGGUUCAAAAUGGUUCCACGAAGUUCAAAAUACCCGUUUGAGUAAGAAAAAGAUAACUAAAAUUUGGAGAGUCAGAGAUAAUUUUGCACUUCGCGGAAGUUACUUUGAACACGGAAUAAAUUCGGAAACCAGCCCAUGAGAUAGGGAAAAAUGUUCGUUUUUUUCCAGGAACUUGAAGAACUAAAUGCGUCAUUGCGACAGCAGGCAGUCGAAGCCAAACUCCGCGAGGAGGAGAUCUCGGUCAAAUUGAAAAAGGCACAGGAGGAAAGGAAAGAGAACGGCGCUUAUCAGGUUCGUUCUCCCAAUUUCUUUGUCAACUACUUUUGCCGUUCAGGAAGUCGUGAAGCAGUCUGACCAAGAGUUUGUCCGCAAACUUGAAUACUACAAACAACAGGUUUUUUUUUUGUCGAUUUCCUAUUUUUAGCUUUGAAAAGCCACGAAUUAUAUAGUAUUAGCUGCUCUUUUUUUUUUUUAAUUUGAAUUUUAACAAGGGAACCUUUUACCCCUCCCGGUUGAAAUUUUGAUGAAACUUUUCUGUGUACCUUAGGGCCUUCUGAUUGCAGAACAAGAAACAAGAGAGAAAAAUUCUCGCAAUAUAUCUGCUUUUCGAUUCAUGAAGCUAAAGUAUACUUCAGCAAAGUUUCAUCAAAAUUCCAACCGAAAGUUUUUUUUUUACCUUGAAAAGCGGUUUUUAGUAAACCUUCUUCCGCAGAUUUUCUUUCAGAGGAAAAAAAAACAAGGUUUAUCAGUAGCCGCACCUCUGCAUAUUUUCAGCGAUUUCAAAAUCUGAGUCUAUGUGAAUUCCAUUUGUUGGAAAAUAUCUCAAAUUCACAAUUUUCUUAGAGAAUUAUUGCAGCUUGAUCAACUACAUCAAGAACUCACCCGGGAAAAUCAGAUGCGAACAGCGGCCGAAGCGGAUUUGACGCGAAUCGCUCGCCGUCUCGCCGGUUUCGAAGCCAACCAUGACUAUCUCCAACAGGUUCAGCGUCACACCAAAUUUAAAAAUAUUUUUUCGUUAUAAACAUCAAGAAGAAUUUAAACUAUCAGAAAAAAAAGUAGGAUCCAUAGAUGGGCAAGUACAGAACUCUUUCAGCCCGGGAGGAGGGAUUGGUUUAGAAAAGUUUGGAAAAUUAGGAAUAAAAUCAAGUUUCAACUUCAAGGAGGUCGGCGGCUUUUUUAUUCGAACCAUGAGGUGAACAUAAUCCGAAACUUCCUAAGAAAAAAAUAAACCGUACGAAAGAGAUUUUAAGGAGUGCAACGCUGCAGUCAGUCGCAAGACACAGCUCGAGCGCGAGGUGCACGAAAUGACGAGCGAGAAACGGCGGCUGGAAAUGCGCGUCGAGCAGCUGAUGGAAAGUCGCAUCAGCGACGAGCAAGUCUUGGUAGGAAAUGUCGGAUGCCCUUGCGAAAGCUUCCUUGCAGUCUCUCUGCCAGAAAGAGGUCUACGAGAGUCAGGAAGAAGCCAAGGACAUGGAGCACGACAUGCGCAGCUUGGUCGGCUCCUUGAAGGCCGAGCUCGAGAACGAGCGGCAGACGCGGCUGAGUCUCGAGGAAAGUAUGAACGUUUUCGACAAGGAGAAGGCGAUGCUCCACAUGGAAGUUCAAGAACUUGUUCAGCGUCAUAGUCGAGUGCGUGCCUGAUUUCUGAGAACUUUCCAAAUUCCGCUUCUAGGAACUUCACACGAAGGAACAACAAAACAAAUUCUUGGAGAAACAGAUGGAAGAGUUGUCGUUGAACACGAGCAAAACAUCUCAGCGGGAAGAUGAUCUCAAACGAAUCGUUGAAUUGGAAAAGUUGUUCCCGACGAAUUUCAGUUGAACUUCAAGUGUUUGCAGGAAAUUGGAGAUUGAAACCGCCCACAAGAAGGCUGUGAUCCAGAAGUUGGAAGAAGAAAUGGCCAAAAGACAACCUACGAAGAAGGGCGAAAAGGGCAUCUCCAAGUCUCAGAUCAUCAAAAAAGAACGCGAAAUCGUUAGUUUCAUGUUUUUCAUUUUUUCUGUUCAUUGUAAUGGCGUUAUCAAAGUAAUGUUUGCCAAACGCAAAAUUAUCUCACCUUCCAAAAUCUAGUUAUCUUUUUCUUUCUCUGACGGCUAUUUUGGAUUCCACAUAAUCACUUUUAACAUGGCGUAACAGCUAUAAUAUACGUCAAUAAAAAAUUCCCGAUUAAAAUUUCAAAAAGUGGAUUUAGUUAAUUUUUUCACACAAAUAGAGAUGGUGUCGAACACCUACCUCCACAAAUUUAUCUUUAUAAAGUUAUUUUCAAACUGAAAGUGAGUUCCUUGGAGGAAUUUUUCGAAUUUCCAGAUGGCCUUGCAACAAGAGAAAGAUGCUCUGAACAAACGCUUCCAGGCCUUGUAUUCAGACCACGAAAAAGUUUGUUUCAUUCAAUUUCAAACUAAACGCGAAUCUUUAGGAUACGGCCGAAUUCUAUAUUCAAAUCCAAGACGAGCAGAAGAGUUCUGACAGACUUCGCGAUGAGAACAAAGAACUGAAAGAAAGAAUCGACGAUCUGCUCCGCAACGGUCUCCGAUUCACUGACGAUAAAAGGUUUUUUUCAUUCAAAAAAUUUCUUUAUUGUCUUAUCCCAAGUUCUCGAUUUUCAAUGGGAGGUGUAGUCGAUUCACGGCUAUUGGCUGUGCUCUCCACAAACCAGGCACUCUAUCUUUUAUUAUCGUGUCAGGAUCCUUUUUUGAUGGCUAAAGUCAGCCUUUAAUCAGUUAAGUGUAGGAUUUGACUAACUAGUAAUGUUUUUGAUAGGCUUAUAAGCCCUACAAACUUUGCUAACUCAGAAGCAAAAUGCAGGAAAUUACUUUAUUUUUUCGGGUUUGGGAUAUCAUAGACCAUAAAUUUCUCUAGAUUCUCGGGAAACUUUAAGAAUCUUACUUUUUGUGUAUAAUUUCCGUGGUGAAAAUGUGGCAGCGUUAGGAUUUAAAUACAUUGGUAAGGAAAACUUUAAGACGACAUGAAAAAGGAGCUCAAAAGCUUUUUCACAUCAUUUUCGGAGCUGAGGAACCUUUUGAGCUCCCUCUCAGAAUCCUUUGAGGAUUCUCUAUGUAAAAUCUGUCAAAAAAUAUUGGAAUAUUGCGGUUCAGGUCGAUCGAUUCCAGAGAGGGAAUCCCGACGUCGAUCCACCAAGAAAACACCAUGGAAGGCUGGCUGAGUAUUCGCGACGUGAAGAAAUCUCGCAAACCCAAGGUAUUUCCGAGAAUCCGCUCAGCGAGUAAUCUUCCUCUGUCAGUGGACUAAUCAUUUCGCUGUCCUCAACGAGUUUUACUUCGCCAUCUACAUGGACGACAAAGCUCCUCUGCAGUCGAUCGUAACCGUCGAAGCUGGGUAUACAUUGAUCAGUAUCCGAAAAGAAACAAUUAUCUAUUUUUAAAGAAACCUCUGUCACGUAAGGCAUGUGACCGCCGCUGACUUGAGGAAUGUCGACGAUAAUCAGUUACCCAAGAUUUUCCAUGUUGGUUUUUUUUUUCUCGAAAAAUGAUGAUCCUAUAACAUUAUUCUCUCUCUCACAGAAAUCUCGUCUAUCAGCUCUUUUUUUUAGGCGUUUAGUUAAAAAAAAACGUUGAUUUAUGUUCAUAAACAGAAAAAAGAAUGUCCUUAUUGUUCAGGUAAUCAAGUUAAGGUGAGUUAAAUUAGUCAAGCUAAAUUAAAUUAAGGUUGACGCACUAUAAAACGUUAAUCCCUUCCCCAUAAUUCUCGCCUAUCAGCUCUUUUUAGGCGUUAAUGCCGUGUUCAAAGUAAUUUCCGCGAAAUGCAAAAUUAUCUCUGACUCUCCAAAAUGUAGUUGUCUUAUUCUUUCUCUGACGGAUAUUUUGCAUUCCGCGGAAUCACUUUGAACACGGCAUCAGCCUUCAAUUUAUAAAUUUUAUGUCCAUAAACAGAAAAAAGAACGAGAUCAUUUUUCAGGUAAUGUACGACGAUAAAAGCUCUUCCACGAGCCGACACGCUUCGAAUUCGGAUCUUUCCUCGAUGGAAACUCAGAGAGAGGUUUUUUCAUCUUUUUUAAAGUUGAAAGAAGGCUCUUGUUCAUAAAUAUAAUUUUUUUUUCCUUAUUAACUUUAUUAUUUAAGUUUUUUUUCUACUUGAGCGGUUUUAUUAUCGCUGCGAGGCCUCAAUACAUUAAACUUUUAUAUUUUCUAAAAUUUUCAUUUUUUCGAAACAUACUGGAUCCCACUCCAGCCUUUUGCGCGCGAAAAAAAAUUUGAAAAUGUACUGAAUUAUUUUUCGAAACAGUCUUAGUUUUUCUGUGCGCAGGAAUGCUGGAAACGGCACGACUUCCAAGAGCUCUCCUUCCACAUCAAAACCCACUGUGACGAGUGCGGAAAGAAGCUGUCCGACAUGAUCCGACCGACGCCGGCUUUCGAGUGCCGCAACUGCCGCUACAAAGUCCACAAGGAGCACGUCGCCCAAGGAACAAUCAACGCUUGCAAAUGUCCGUUUGAAUUUUUUCCUCUUAUCUCAAUGGCAAAUCCAAGACGUGUAUUGACCUUUCCCAAAAAUUGUUCCCGAUCAGAAAAGCGCCUAAUAUCAGCGUUGCACGGGAGGGAUUCGAAUUUAAAUUUUUGGAUGAAAAAUUUUUUUUUCAUCUUAGAAAAAGUUGAUAAUAGUGAAGUCUUGUAUUUGGAAGAGUUCAGUUUCCCCAGUAAUUUGGGAGCAGCACCAGAAUUUGGCUUCCUAUUAUUUGUUAGGGCCUGAAAGAAAGUCUUCAUCGUUUGGUUUCAGACACGGGUUUGUCGCGCGAGAUUUUGCUGAUGGCUCCGCGGCCGGAAGUGUGCGUCCGAUGGGUGACGCUCCUCCGACGGUUCAUCGAAGCUCGACCCGGCGCUUCUGUGUCCCGCGUCUCCUCCAGAAGGCAUCCAGCCGCUCUGCUCAACUCCUCCACCACUUCCUCUCAGCCUUGA